CAGGCGCCCCCACUACCUUUUCCCCUUUCCCCAUUUCUCUUCCUCCUUUCUACUUCUCAUUCCCACCCAGAACCCAACAUUGAUCAUGAUCUUACUUUUUCCCCCAUUUAUGCUGUUAUGUACCUGUUCUCUUUUCUGGGAUUCUGUUUAAUUAUUCUGAGCUGAAGUGUUGGAUUCUGGUGAGCUUUAGUUCAUUUCUUUUGCUUGAAAUUUAUUUAUUGCUUUUGUAAUUUCCAGCUUUCUGUUUGCUGGCUUUGAGAUCCAAGGUUCUUUGUGGAUUCUAUUGUAUGUGUUUUCUAAAUCAAGAAGCAUGUUGACUUGUGGGAUUCCUAAUUUUUGUUACGUGUUUUUGAGUAGAUUAAAUCCGAAUCACUAUUCUUCUUUAGUUAUAGAUAUCAGAAUUUCAGUUUUCAUUUGAUGUUUAUACAAAAUCUGAAGGAUGAUAUAGUGUUUGACUUUAGGAGUUUGAUUAGGGAGAUCAGAUCUAUUGGGGAUUGGAAAUUUGAUGGUCAAAGUUGUCAAGGUAUCUACAAGUGUAAACCAGGUGUGGAUUAGAUGGGUAAUACUUGUGUAGGACCAAGCAUUUCCAAAAAUGGGAUCAUGCAAACGGUUUCUGCCAUUGUGUGGCGGUCCCACUCUCCGGAAGGUUCUGUUUCUAAUGCUAAUAGAGAGCCAACACCAAAGGAGCCUGAAUCACCAUUGCCUGUCCAACGCCAACCUCCAGAACCAGUGACAAUACCUAAACCAGAGGCUGAACCAGAGGCUAAACCAGAGACUAAACCAGAGAAGAAACCAGAACCUAAGCCUGAAAAACCAGAGACACCCAAGUCUGAAAAACCAGAGACACCCAAGUCCCCUCAUAUGAAGAGGGUAUCUAGUGCAGGGCUAAGGGCUGAGUCAGUGUUGCAAACCAGGACAGGUAAUUUUAAGGAAUUUUAUACACUGGGGAAGAAACUAGGACAAGGGCAGUUUGGGACGACUUUUCUGUGUAUGGAGAAGGCUACUGGAAAAGAGUAUGCUUGCAAAUCAAUUGCGAAGAGGAAGUUGUUAACUGAGGAGGAUGUAGAGGAUGUGAGAAGGGAAAUUCAGAUUAUGCAUCACUUAGCAGGGCACCCUAAUGUUAUAUCCAUCAAAGGGGCUUAUGAGGAUGGUGUGGCAGUUCAUGUUGUUAUGGAAUUAUGCUCUGGUGGAGAACUUUUUGAUAGGAUUAUCCAACGUGGGCAUUACACUGAAAGAAAGGCAGCUGAGCUCACAAGAACCAUAGUCGGUGUUGUGGAGGCUUGUCAUUCUCUUGGGGUUAUGCAUCGAGAUCUUAAGCCUGAGAACUUUCUUUUUGUCAAUCAGCAAGAGGAUUCACUUCUCAAGACAAUUGAUUUUGGAUUGUCAGUAUUUUUUAAGCCAGGUGAAAGAUUUACUGAUGUGGUUGGAAGCCCAUAUUAUGUUGCUCCAGAAGUUUUGCGAAAACGCUAUGGUCAAGAAGCAGAUGUCUGGAGUGCUGGAGUAAUUCUCUAUAUCCUGUUAAGUGGAGUGCCACCAUUUUGGGCUGAAAGCGAGCAAGGUAUAUUUGAGCAGGUCCUGCACGGUGAACUUGACUUCGAUUCAGAUCCUUGGCCUAGCAUCUCUGAAGGUGCAAAGGACUUAGUCAGGAAAAUGCUUGUCCGAGACCCCAGAAGGCGACUAACUGCAUAUGAAGUUUUAUGCCAUCCUUGGGUACAAAUAGAUGGUGUAGCUCCUGACAAGCCUCUUGAUUCUGCAGUUAUAAGCCGUAUGAAGCAAUUUUCUGCAAUGAACAAGCUCAAGAAAAUGGCACUUAUAGUUAUUGCAGAGAGCCUAUCUGAAGAUGAAAUAGCUGGACUUAAAGAAUUGUUCAAGAUGAUAGACACUGACAACAGUGGUCAGAUCACUUUUGAAGAACUUAAAGCAGGAUUGAAAAGAGUUGGAGCCAAUCUUAAGGAGUCUGAAAUCUAUGACCUAAUGCAUGCGGCUGACAUAGAUAAUAGUGGAACAAUUGAUUAUGGAGAAUUCAUAGCUGCCACAUUGCACCUAAACAAGAUAGACCGAGAAGACCGUCUAUUUGCUGCUUUUAACUACUUUGAUAAGGAUGGUAGUGGUUAUAUUACUCCAGAUGAGCUUCAACAAGCUUGUGAGGAGUUUGGCAUAAAAGAUGUUCCCCUAGAAGAUAUGAUUAGAGAAGUAGAUCAGGACAAUGACGGGUACAUAGAUUACAACGAGUUUGUGGCCAUGAUGCAGAAAGGAAGCAUUGCUCCAACUAUCCCAGUUGCUGGCAAGAAGGACCUGGAAAAUAGUUUUAGCAUCCGAUUAAAAAGUCAGCCAUAGGGCUGGUAAUGUUCCUGUAUGUUUCUUCUUUAAUAUUGAGUAACUGAGAUCUGUAUAGUGAGGAAUGUCAUCUGCAACUAAAAUCAGACUGCCUAAUUUGGAAGCACAAGGGAGUUGUUACACGAAUUACAUGUAUUUUCAUGUAUUCUUUGGGUAAUACGGCGAGUCUUUUGGACACUUUCUCUUUCUAAUUGUUUCGUUUUUGUUUGUCCAAAACUUGCAUGUCAUAGAAACAUUUGGAACAUCCUUAAAAAGGCAACAUCUUUUCUACGUUUACGGGGUAUCUUGUACUUAAUU